AUCCGAGGAUGCCUUCGCAUAAUGGCAAAAUUACCAUCUCGAGGAAUCAAACGUAAACUUGAUGGAAAAGUCUCUAUUAGCGAGGAGCAAAUUGCAUCUCCUGUGAUACGAUGGAUUAAUCCACAAGAUAAUUCAAUCGACGCAAUACAGCAAUAUUUGAACAACAAUACACAGCAAGCAUCAUUCAUAGCAUGUUUGGGCACUCCAAUGAAACGAGGAAAAUAUUUCCUAAUUGUGGGAAAUGAAUUGAUAUUCGAACCGAGAAACUCUGUAGAAGCGAUAGAUGCUUUUUUAAAUCAUUUAAGGUUUUCGGAGUUGACAUUCCUCCUGAGUUGUAUAUGCUUUAUGACUUUAUGUCUUGUGUGGUAUACAAAACUAUACCUCACAGCUCUAGAGCAUGCGUCAACCGUCUCGCAGCUGCAUUUAAAAAAGUAAUUACUGCGGAGGAUGGGGAAAGAGCAGGGAUUUAAUUUAAAUACAAACAC